ACAGAACUGUCACUGCAGUUUUCUCAGUCAAUGUUGCAAUCUUCAUGUCCCUAGCUAGGAAGGGGAUGGAAAUAUGUAACAUCUCUACUAUUCUCCUACUAUUUAAAAGAUAGACUAGCAGAUGUUCUGUUUAUUUGAGAAGCUUUUAAUCUGUCUUGUGAAAAUGGAUUUGUUCUCUGUUUGUGUUUUGAGGUUGUUGAGGGGUUUUUAUCUGCUCUUAACAUUUUCAUGAAUCCUCAGGUACUUUUUGUCUGACACCUAGUUCAUCUAAGCCUUUUCUACCCCAUUUUUCUUUCACACUCUGGCCUGUGGUCAGGAAACAUUUGAAAGCAGGUUGUUUGCACCCUUGCUUUAAUCUUAUGAAGGAGCAUAUUAGAUUUGUAGGCUGAGUUACUUUCUCAUAGAAAAUGUCUUGGCCACUUGACAGCACUUAGUUCAGGACUCUGUAAUGCACAUACGUCACUUUAAGAGGGAGACUUUCCAAGCACACUAGGAAGCAAGUCUGUGGAGCUUUCUGAUGCUGCAGAUUCAGACAGAAGAGUGAGAACUGGGCAUGUUCCUCACUCUGCCAUACGGAACAUGAACGUGGUGGUGUUCCUGGCUGUUUCCAGCUCAGUUUCGGGGGCGUUCAGAAUUGCUGUUGCUAGAGACAGAUGUUGAGUUCAGUAGCAAGGGAGAGGCACUUCCCAUGGCAUGCCAAGAUUUCAGAUGCAUGCCAGGUUCCUGCUGAAUGCCAGCAGCAGAGAUCACUACAGAUGGAGCCCCAAAGUCAGCAUGGCAGUGGCGGUUCCCUGGUGGUGAUUCAGCAGCCCUCCCUGGACAGCCGGCAGCGCUUGGACUAUGACAGGGAGAGCCAGCCCACGACCAUCUUGUCACUGGACCAGAUCAAGGCCAUCAGGGGCAGCAACGAAUACACCGAAGGACCGUCUGUGGUGAAAAAAUCGGGUCCGCGGACGGCACCGAGGCAGGAGAAGCAUGAAAGGACUCAUGAGAUUAUACCAAUUAAUGUGAAUAAUAACUACGAACACAGGCCCGGCCAUGCGGGGCACGUGGCACAUCAGCAUAAUGCCAGGGCUCCCGUCCUGAGCCGAUCGACCAGCACGGGGAGCGCGGCCAGCUCCGGCAGCAACAGCAGCGCCUCCUCGGAGCAAGGGCUGCUGGGGCGCUCGCCGCCGUCCCGGCCGGGCUCCGGCCACAGAUCUGAUCGGACAAUCCGCGCACAGCCCAAGCAGUCGGCCCUGAUCGUGGACGAUCUGAAGGGGCCUUUGAAAGAGGACUUGACGCAGCACAAGUUUAUCUGCGAGCAGUGCGGGAAGUGCAAGUGCGGGGAGUGCACGGCGCCGCGGGCCCUGCCCUCCUGCCUGGCCUGCAACCGGCAGUGCCUGUGCUCGGCCGAGAGCAUGGUGGAGUACGGCACCUGCAUGUGCUUGGUCAAAGGGAUCUUCUACCACUGUUCCAACGACGAUGAAGGGGACUCGUACGCGGAUAAUCCCUGCUCCUGCUCCCAGUCACACUGCUGUUCUAGGUACCUGUGCAUGGGAGCCAUGUCCUUGUUCCUGCCUUGCUUGCUCUGCUACCCUCCGGCCAAAGGAUGCCUAAAACUCUGCCGGGGGUGCUACGACCGCGUCAAUCGUCCGGGGUGCCGGUGCAAGAACUCCAACACGGUCUAUUGUAAACUGGAGAGCUGCCCCUCCCGGGGUCAGGGCAAGCCCUCAUGAUUUUGGGAGGGAGGUUUUCUUCCUCCAACUUCAGUUUUUCAGGUUGUAGCUGAUUUUUUUUUCCCCUCUCCAUCUUUUCUUCUUCCCCCCUCCUCUCCCAUUUUGGGAGGACUGUUCUUUUCCUUUCUGUCUCCCCAGCUUCAGAUACAUGAGUUCUCCCCCUUGCAUCUUUGCUCUCCUCCUCCUACUGACUUGGCUGAGUGUGGAGCAUUUCACGCAGUCGUUGCUGCUCUUUGGUAAGUGUGGACCUGGUAUCUGCACCUGCCGCUCUCUUGGGCAGGGUCUUUGAGGUUGUAACUGAACCACUCCUGAAAGAGACAGUCAGGGCUCACUGGGCUCUUGAAGCUUCUUGCUCUGUGAAUAUCUUCCCAAAGAUGUUUUUUUUUGUUGUUGUUCUCAGCAUUUUAGGGGGUUUUUCCUUAACCUCCCAGGUGCCAAGGAAGAAUUACUUUCCUGAGUGAGCUGGAUUGUGAACUAACUUUUUGUGUGUGUUCUUUCUGGAGAGGGAUGUAAAAUAAAGGCUUCACCAAAUGAAAGGCCUGACUCUUCUAUAGGCAGCCUGCUUCUUUUUGCAUCUUUUUUUUCCCCCCUCUCUUUUUGUCUUAACUUUUGGAAUGCUCUCAGACCUGAGAAUUGCCCUGCCUCCUCUUUUUUUUCUUUUUAAAUUACAUUUUCAAUAUAACUUCAGUUUUUGCUACACUAUGUAGAUCUUCACAUUGGAGACAUUGUGGCUGCAACAUACUCAUUUGUUUCCUUUGCUGUCCAAUCUUUGAAGGAUAUUGCUCACUCCACCCUCCUAAUCCUGUUUUUAUAGUCUGUCAGUAUCAGUUGAUAUUAAAGUUGGUGGUGUUCAUAUAUCCAAACGGCCUUCAGGUGUCAUUGAGUCACCUAAAUGUUCUUGAAUCCUUCAAGUCUCUUGUGAUCCUUUGGCUUAGUGAGUUUAGCUCUGCUCUGUGCUUUAUAAUUUUAUUCUGUCCCUGUUUUAUUGCCUUAGCCACAAAUUGUGGUCCUUUUUUGUAUAUUUUAUGUAUAAAACACAAAGUUGAAUCCCAACUAUUUUUAAGACAAAAGUCUGUUAAAACUUUUUUUAUUGUAAAGAAUAUUUAUUAUGUGAAUCUCUAUUAUUUUAUGAUAUUUAUUGCAAAAGACUUCAAAAAUGUACUCAUGUCUGAAUAUAACAAAAUAUCAAUACUUAACGAAAUAAGGAUGACACGAAGAAAGUACAUAUGUUAACUAUAAUGCAGAAAAUAUAUUAAUUAAUGAA